AUGAGCAGCUUUACAAGGCGCAACGAAGGGAAUGAUGCCUACCUCAUGAAUCAUCAAAUGGCAAUGCCUGGCUCGUACGGUCAGCCAGAGAGUCAUGACUUCAAGCAAGAGAGCCAUGACUUCAACACGCAUGGAUCUGGUUCAUAUCAUUUCCCUCAACAUUCUUUCAACCCAUAUGGGUCUCAGUUUGGCCAGCCCUACGGUCCACAGUCGAGUCUGUCUCCGGGGUUGCAGCAUUUGCAGUAUACGUCGGAACAUUCGAUUCCAUCGAUGACAACCCCGGAUGACCCUCGGCUGCACCAUCCGCCGCAGUUCAUGUCCCAGUCGCGCUACCUUCAAGGGCCGAGGUACCUGCCCCGCGACCCGCUGGGUGAAUCCGAGAUUGAAAGCCAGGAGUCUCAUAACGAGGCUACGUUGCUGUCAGAGGCUGUAGUGCCCGCACUUAGCGGCUUCCCUGAUGUAAAGGAGUUUGAUCAAUUGAUGCAGAACUAUGUUGAGGACCUGUCCAUCAAGAAGCAAGAUAAAGCGUUGAUCUAUGCUAAAAGGGCCCGUAACAUCAGAACUGUGUUGAUUGACCCCAAAGACACGGCGGUGGAGUCUGCUCAAUUUCGGUUUUGGGUCAAAAAGAUGUUCAAGCUCCAAGCUGUGGGAUCUGAUCAUAGGAAGAUGAUCUGUCACGAGGGCAAGCCGGUUGCGAUUCGGGAAAAAUUGUUCAAGAUCCUCACCAAGGCUCAUCAGCAAUGCCAGCAUGGUGGCCGAGACAAGACAUCUGCUCAGGUCCGACGGAUAUAUUCAUGGGUUCCCAAGGAACUGAUCUCCCGCUUCGUCAAGAUCUGUCCAACCUGUCAGGUGCGCCGUGGGGGUUCUCGAUUGACGCCACCUAAUUCGCGAAGAAGCUCCCCUAGACUGGAGAUGGUCUCUCGAUCCCCCAAACUUCCGUCGCCGCCAAUCUCGCGACGAGAAUCGACUUUUGCCGGUCAACUUCCCCUUGACAGGACGCAAGCAGAUUAUUUUGGUCAUUUACACGGUCACGGUCACGGUGGCUGGCUAGAUAGUCAUCAAAAUGUGCAAAGUCGCUCGAAUCUAGGUAACGGAGUUCGCUCGUUCCAGGGUCCCAUGGGCAAUCUUUCGCACUCAAUUGCUGGUACCUUGGAUUCCUUCUCCACCGACCUAUCCAUUCCUCCGUCCCAACUGAGUUAUACAACGGGAUAUGUCCCGCACGGGGCUGCACCUCAGCGAGAGUAUUGA